GGUGCAUUCACUUUUGCGCUGUCACAGAGCAGUAAAGAGCGAUCAGCUGUUGUGCUGUUGAUGCAACUUUGGGACAUACAUGCUUUGGACUGACCGCAGGCAUGGCAACAGCUCAGUCAGUGUUAACAGUGGCUGUGUGCAUUCUGCUCAUCACAGAGCUGAUUGUGGCUGAGAAAGAUUACUAUGAGAUCCUGGGCAUCCCCAAAGAUGCAUCUGAUCGGCAGAUCAAAAAAGCCUUCCACAAAUUAGCCAUGAGGUAUCACCCCGAUAAAAACAAAAGCCCUGAAGCAGAAGCAAAGUUCAGAGAGAUUGCAGAGGCAUAUGAAACAUUAUCAGAUGACAAGCGGAGACAGGAGUACGAUCAGAUGAGGAGCAGUCCUUUCUCCAGAGAGGGCACGAGAGAAGGUGGCGACCACUUCCAUCAACAUUUCAACUUCAACUUCGACGAUUUAUUCACAGACUUUGACAUCUUUGGACACAACCCUCACUUGCACAGUGAAAGACAUUUUGAGAAACACUUUCAGGCUCACGAAGAAGCCAGUACCAGACACAGGAGGCACUUCCAGAACUCUUUCGGUGGUGGUAUUUUUGACGACAUGUUUGAAGACAUGGAAAGGAUGUUUUCUUUUGAUGGACACCAAACUCGGACACAGAGCAGGUUUCAUGGUUCUGGCAGACAGCAAUGCAGGACUGUCACACAGCGAAGGGGCAACAUGGUCAAUACAUACACCGACUGCUCCUGAACCGUGCGCACGUGGAAAUGUCUUUUCGGUUGUGCUUGUUGAAAUUUAAAUGAAUGCUGUUUUGCUUUGUUUUGAAUCAGUGUUAAUGACCUCUAGAAAGUAUUCUGGAACCUAAAUCUGACUUUUAAGGGAAAGUUCACCCAAAAGUGUACUCACCCUCAUGUUGUUCCAAACCCACAGUACUUUUAUCUUUCGUGAAACUCAACAUGAGGGUUAGUAAAUGAUAACAUAACUUACAUUUUUACAUGAACUAUCCCUUUAAUAAUACAUACUUAACUUCAUCCGCAACAUUGGGCAAAAUAAAAAUAAACCCCCCCCAGCAUUGACACUUCUCACUUAUUUUACUGUGAACAUAAAAACCUGAGGUUGAAAUGGCACUUUAGUCUGGUUGUCAAUUAUUUAUAAACUCAUAUUAAGUCAUUAUUAAGUCUUUAAGUCAGGAUUUAGGAUCCUUCACUUUAAAUUAAAAACAUUGUUUGUUUUCAGGGCAAAUGGGGUUUCACAUUUGUUUACAUCUGAGACCAUGAAGUGCCAUUGCAUGGCUCAUUUGCCUUUUUCAGCCUGCUUUUAGGUUAUAUUAUAAGAUCCUGGAGUCUUUAACCUGUCUGAGAAAUGUACUUGUUCACAUUCAAAGUGUCUUAAAGUCAAGAAAGUGAAGUUCCCCUUCAAAAUUUGUGUAAAUGGCUGGUUUGCCUGAGUUAUUGCAUUAUGUUGCACAAUAUUGAAAAAGAUCGAAACUCUUGUAAUUGCUAUUUUUGUUUACGGUACUGUAUUUAAAAUGCACAUUACACAAUUUGUAUAUCUUCCAUCUCAGCUAACAUGACACUUGAGCAAGCUGUGGCUCUUAUGAUGGGGAAAACCCCUAUGUGCAAUAUUUAUUACAAUCUCCUUGCUGUUUGGGAAUCCUGUUAGCUGUAGGGCUUUUCUAGAAUAAAAGUCAACGGUAUAGGAUCAAAGGAAAUGGCAUACUGUAAACCGGUUGCUUUUUUUUUUUUUUUUUUUUUUUUUUUUUUUCAGGUAUAAUGUAACAUUUCCAUGUCAUUUUCUAUGAUGAUUUUGAGGCAAUUGCCUGGGGCACUUUGGUAAAUUACACCAGAAAGCAAUGUUAAAUAAUUAAUUUUCAUAGAUUAUGUAAAUUAAGGGGUGAUCAAACAUAUUCUGCACUCCCGAUAGUUCAAGGUUGUACUUAUUUUGGCUGUCCAAAGAUUUGAUUGUAAGAAGUAGGUGGGCAUUUCUGACAAUCUGUUUUCAAAUCUGUCACAGAGAACCAUAUACUUUUAUUUCUGUGCCAUUUUUUUUUUACAACAAUUUACAGCAAUUACCUCUAGAGGUAGACCGAUAUAUCGGUUUCACUGAUUAAUCGUUGCCGAUAGUUGCUUUUUUGGAACAAUCAGUUAUCGUCAAAAAUCUAUGCCGAUAGACAGUUGCAGAUAGUUCUCUAGUAUGGAUUUGAUGUAUCUAAAUCCAUAAUCAUUUAAAAAAUCAGCCGAUUAAUCGGUUAUCGGCCUUUUCAAUGACCUUAGUUAUCGGUAUCAGCAAAAUCCACUAUCGGUUGACCUCUAAUUAUCUCACAUUAAAGCUCUUUGAAUGGCAUGCAAUAUUAGAACAAGCACCUUGUGUAGUUAAUGUGUCUUAUAUUUUUCCUAAUGAACGUAAUGUGUGAGUGUGUGUGCUUUUUACCAUUCUCAUGGGUGUGUAAAUGGUCUCUACUGUUUAAUUUUCAUAAAAGCUGCAUUGUAUUAAAAUAAAUGCUUUUCUUAUU